AUGAAAAUUGCUUCACUGCAAAGAUGUUCCGUCCGAUCCACAAGGCUCUCGAUGUCUUGGAUCGGAAUGAUGAUCAUAACCAUGAUUUUAUUUUAUUCUCAACAUGUACAUUCACUAACACCACAACAAUGUGAAGAAUUGGGUUUUAAAUCAUCGGAAUUGAGUUGUUCAACGUGUAAAGAAUUUUCUCUCUUUUUAAGUGAGAAGAAAAUAAUUGAAAAUUGUAACCAUUGUUGCCAAGAUGCACUGACAAAUCAAGAAAAAGGAGAACUAGCAAAUAGUACAGAAAAAGAGUUUGUUAGUGGAACACUCUACAUGUGUUAUUGUAAUAUUAGAUCUUUCCCUGAAAUUGAAGGGUUUAUGAAUAAUGAUGCUAAAAAGUUUAGAAAUUUACAAGUUGCACAACGUCAAGGAAUUAUGCCCACAUUAACAAUGAAAAGAAAAGACGGUUCAGAAGAAUCGCAUUUAGUGAGCCACUGGAAAAUUGAUGAAAUCAAAGAAUUUUUGAAUGAAAAAUUACUUCAAUAA